CAACUCUCCGUUAAUUGUGCCAACACCAAAUGAGCAAAGUUUCCAAAUCUUCACCACACUCUCCAAAAACAACAAAAAAAAUAAUAAUUUUUUUUUUAUUUUUAAUUUCUUUAAUUUCUAGCAAUGGCGUUGAAGAAAACCUUGGUGGAGAAGCUCUUCAAUAUUUCGAGAGGCUCUUCUCAAGCUCUUACUAACAGCCGGAUUUUUUCAUCGACGGUUCAAAAUCGAAUAACGCAAAAAGCAGGGAAAGCUGCAACUGCAAUGGCGCCGCACUCAGGAGAAAGUAAGGGUAACGUUAACGGCAAUGGAAUUUUCAGGCGGUUUCUCCAUAAAGGAGCCAUGCUUUCACCGACAAUGAGGAAGCUACCGAUGGGGAAGAAUUUAAUGGAGAGGUUAAGGGAAAUUGAUAUGUCCAAGGAUCGGAUCCGGUUGGACGGCUUGAACCCGCACAUGGAGGCGAAAUCAUCGGUGCCGGAGGUGGCGGCACUGUCGGUUCUGGAAGCAAAGAAAUUGUUAAGGGUGGCGCAGUUGGAGGUGGUGAAAACGAGGCUGAGGGAGACCGGGAAAAACUGGAUUUCAUAUUCGGACCUCAUUCGGAUCUGCGGAGAAGGUUGUUCGGAUCCGGAACAAGGAUUGCAGUUCGCGAAAUUGCUUGACGAAUCUGGAAUCGUCAUCGUUUUGAGAAACGUCGUCGUUUUACGACCCGAACAGGUAGCAAAAGCUCUAGGAGGUCUAAUUCCUUUACCGGGACCCAGACCGAAUGACCCAAGAAGAAAAGAAUUGGUAGAGUUGGAGAAGCAGAAAGCCAUGAUUGAUCAAAAAGCUGAUUCCUUGGUCCGUCGAGAACUCUGGCUUGGCCUAGCCUUCCUGGUAGUUCAGACAGCCGGGUUCAUGAGGCUAACAUUUUGGGAACUCUCAUGGGAUGUCAUGGAACCCAUUUGUUUCUAUGUCACUUCCAUGUAUUUCAUGGCUGGCUAUGCAUUUUUCAUCAGGACAUCCAAAGAACCUUCUUUCGAAGGUUUUUAUCAGAGCAGGUUCAGCACAAAGCAAAAGCAGCUCAUCAAGGCUUGCAAUUUUGAUAUCCAGAAGUAUAAUGCGCUGAAAGGAAUUUUUCACCCACAUUCAUCAUUGGAACAAGCCUCAUCGUUGCCCCCGUUUGAUCAUUCUGAGAAGAUUCAGAUUGGUGCUUUAGAUCAUUGAUGAUAGAAAAUACUAAAGGAAAGAUGACUAGAAAUAAUACAAUUUUGUUUUAGGCUUAGUGGCGGCUUUCUCUGACAUUUGGGCUCUAUUAAAUGGGCUGUGAGGUUGGAAAUUAUAAUAAAAAUUAUUAUAAUUACGAUUAAAAAAAAU